ACUUUGGCUCCGAGAUCGACAAGUCAACACAUCUACUCUCCUAUAUAAACAGGCCGGGCCAGCGGAGCCUUUUACUCUGUUUCUUCAUUUGAGGAGAGGAAUACAGUACGAGUGACACCAUGAAUAAGCUGCUGGUUAUCACCGUGCUGGUUGCAAUCUUAGCUCUCAACGCCGAAAGCUUCCGUAUGCCGAGGCAGGUUGAGGAAGAGCAGGGCACCAUCACCAAGAUCACAGGCACAGUCAAGUCGUACUAUGACAGCACCAUCAACACCGCCAGAGGAUACCUGGAGAGCAUCAAGGGCCUGAAGCUGGAGGAGAAGGCAAAGAAUCUCUACACUGACACCACCACAGCUGUGACCACAUACACUGGCGUCCUCCAGGACCAGCUUUACUACUUCUUUUACCCCCAGCAGUAAACAAGAACUAACUUCCAAUCACCUCAGCUACCUUUUCUGACAGCCACUUUCAAGCUUCUCACGACAAGGUCGACAUUGUUGUUCAUCAAACAGCAGCUAAAUGAAGAUACCCCCCCCCCCCCCCCCCCACAACCCCACCCUAGCUGGGACUGUCAUCCUUUCACAAACAACACGGAUAGAGGAAACUAAAAUACAGAAUAACAAGCGAAUGAACACACAGCUUCUUAUCAUGGUUCAAUAAACUUCUGCAUAGGCAGAAUCAGAAACUAAAAACAAUGCAACAUUAUUGAAUGAUUCACAGCCACCGUCUGAUGGUUGUGUUUACUCUAAUGGUCAUCUCACCUCUGGAGAAUUUGGAUAUUUGUGUCUUAUCUUGAAAUAAAUAUUUAUACAAUAAAAAAA